CCGAUUUAUUUCACCCACGCAGAAGAUCGGGGAAAAUCGCGACACGUCGGUUGUACUGCUAAUACUAAUCGGGACGUAGUGCGAUAACAUACUAGAAAAUUUCACUAAAAUCUGAACCCUAUUUGCAAUUUUGUGCUGUGAUAAACAAAUAUCAAGACACGCGACUACAAUAAAUCUAUUGUAUCUUAUACUAACUAAAUAGUUACUACUUGUUAUUAAUCGUUAGUGUGAAUAAAUGGAAAAAAGGUUUAUAAACAACAAUGGCUAUUUAUACAUAUUCGUAGGUAAAGUGCAAGUUAACGCGUCGACAGGAAGCAGGAGUUUGUAACUGGACUGCGAAAAAUGACAUGAAACUUUUCGUGCGGGUUUAUUAAGUUUUUCGGUACAUUCGGGCGUGGUUUUUAUCGGUAGUACUACUAAUAUGUCGUUUAGUCGACGCGAAAGUAAGUUCGUCGAUAUAAAGUGAAUUUUCCUUAGCGAAAAAUGUGCUCCUCCAAAUCGGCGAUUUUCCUUGGUACCAUCAGCUUGCUGACGAUCCUGGCUCUUGCCGCUCCCAGGGGAAGUACCAACAAUUCACAAGAUAUGGAUUAUUGGUACGAACAGGCAAGAAUUGCUUUGAGGCGCAGAUUACAAUAUGCGACUGAAGAUGAGCGAAAGCCGCAUGCGAAAAACGUUAUACUGUUCGUGGGUGACGGAAUGGGUGUUGCCACUAUUACUGCAGCCCGUAUUCUUCGUGGACAGCGUUUGGGUAAAAGCGGGGAAGAACACGAGCUAGUAUGGGACUCCUUCCCAGCGGUGGCGUUGGCAAAGACAUAUAACAUGAAUGCCCAAAUUGGGGAAUCGUCAGCGUGUGCUACAGCCCUAAUGUGCGGUAUCAAAACCAAUUUUGAAACAGUCGGUUUGGAUAGUAGGGGCCGUUUUGAGAAUUGCGUGUCCAGUUUUUCGUCAAAGGUGCCUUCCCUCAUCGAUUGGGCUCAAGAAGCUGGUAAAUCGACUGGAAUUGUGACGAAUACGAGGAUUACGCACGCUACCCCUGCCGCUCUCUACGGCCACUCGCCCUCGCGCUAUUGGGAGGACGACUCGAAAAUACCCCCCGCAUCUCGCAAGUCCUGCAAGGAUCUCGCCAGGCAGCUGAUCGAAAACGACCCUGGCCGAAAUAUAAAUGUCUUGCUCGGAGGUGGUCGACGACAUUGGCUUCCCAAAGUAGCGAGGGAUCCCGAACGGACCAAAGAAGAGGGUCGUCGUUUGGACGGUCGUAAUCUAAUAGACGACUGGAUACGCGAUAAGAAACGACGAUACCUUCGGGGACAUUACGUCUGGAACAAGACGGAACUGGCCGCGGUCAAUCCUGACGAGGUCGAUUAUUUGCUGGGACUUUUUGCGUAUUCCCAUAUGGAUUUUGAAACGGAUCGCGACCCAGGGCCUAAGGGUGACCCGUCGCUGGCCGACAUGACGCGAACAGCCCUGUCCGUUCUCCAAAAGAAUCCCAAGGGUUUCUUCCUUUUCGUCGAAGGUGGCCGUAUAGACCAUGCCCAUCACUUCAACAACGCUUACAGAGCCCUGGACGAAACGCUCGCAAUGGAAAAUGCCCUUCUCGUUGCCCUUUCGAAAGUUAGUCCUAGGGACACGCUCCUGAUCGUCACCUCCGAUCAUUCCCACGUCCUUACCAUGGGAGGACAAGCAACUCCAAGAGGGCACCCCAUUCUCGGUCCGGACAACAAAAUGUCCGACGUGGACGGACAGCCGUACAGUCUGCUCCUGUACGGGAACGGUCCGGGAUACAGCAGUCCCAGGAUCGUACCCCAGAAUUCCUCCACGCCCAACGAAAACCGCGAUCAAAUGCACAGCUCGGCCGUACCGAGACAAUGGGCGACCCAUGGCGGCGAAGACGUCCCUGUUUAUUCCAUAGGACCUCUGUCCACCAUCCUGUUCACAGGUACUUUCGACCAGAGUUACAUCCCCCACGCUAUCGCUUACAGCGCGUGUUUGGGGGAGCACACGCUCCGUUGUCGCAGCGUGCAUAACAGCACGCAGCAUCAUCAACAACAACAGCAGACUCCCCAGGUUUGCUUCCCGCAUCCGCCCGAAGUCUACCCCUCAAUCAGCAAAUCGGGCAGCGCCAUAUCGGACGACGAUGUUGUGGUCAGGCAAAAAGAGGUGGUCGCUGCGAAAGCGGGACAACCCGACAUACGUUACAGAAACUUUGCGACCUCGAUCGUUUUCUUUUCGAUAACGUGCGUGAUCGUUACGUGAUAUGCGUGAACGUAGUAUAAUUGAAGGAACAAUGAAUCGAUUGAAUAAGACAUCGAAAAAUUGACUUUGCAUUGACAACUGAACUGGACCAUAUCCUCUCUAAUACCAAAUUGUAUUAUUGACAAAACAAAUAACUUUUGUUCUUUGUUCGACAUGGCUUAAUUUUAUCGACAAGGCCAUCAGGGUACCUUAAUGUUUAUUACAGUAUAUUUAAAUAAUUAUUUUGUACAUAACGUUUGACAUCAUU